GUUUCAGCUGGCCACCAGCAGGGAUCAGGAAGGGAUUUGCUGCCCCCCUGUAUUCUGAGGGUUGAUUGGGUUGUUUUAAUCUCCUUCCUCUUAAGCUUCAGGGAUGGUCACUACUGGAGAGAGGCUGUGCUCUGAGGGGGCACCAAGCAUCUCUCAUAGAUGCCUGGCUGGCGCUUCUUGCUCACAUGCUCAGGGCUUAACUGAUCACCAGAAGUGGGGCCAGGAAGGAAUUUGCCUCCCAGCUCAGAUGGGCAGGGAGCUUGGCUGGAGUGGGGUUGGUUUUCGACUUUCUCUGUGGUGUGGGAUUAUCACUUGCUGGGAUGAUCUGGGUAUUUCUCACAGCAUCAAUUCCCUGCCAUGGCACAGACCAGUGUAGGCUCUCGUGGACUGAUAAACUUUGGUCUCAUUUGGGGUGUUGGGUUUAGCAUGUGGGGCCUGUGCGAGCUGGGUGAUCAGAUUGGAUGAGCUGGUCAGAUUGGAUGAGUUGGUGGUCCCAUCUGGCCUCCAACUAUCUGAGUCCUUGACUCCCCAAACCCGAGGGGAUGUGCCCCGUUGGCAUAGUGCUGCAGAGAGAAAAGGACCUACUCUAGGGCCUAGCAGGGUGGGACUCCCACAGUGGGAGUCAGGGUUUAGAGAGACCCCCAACCAUCGUUUACAUCAAUAUGGACCCUGCAGUUUGGGGGAUUAAGAAGGAAUGUGACAGAUGCCAGAGACUGAGGGACCCUGCCCCCCAACUACAGCUCUGUCCCCCUUAGAUCAGGGUAUUAGAAGGCCAGCCACACACUGGCAACAUCUCACACUUAUGCCCAGGAGAGGAAUAACCUAGAUGUGGCCCUGGGGUGUGUGGCCUGGCUGGGCAUGUCACAAUGAUGCCCUCCCCAUGGGGGAAUGUCACAAUGGCUGGGUCAUAAAGCACCUGGCUACUUGAACUGGGGCCCUGGGGCUCAGGGCUCACUUUGCCACGGGUAGGCAUUGCCUGAAGAAACGUCGCUGCUCCGGGACCACACCUAUCUGUUUUCCCUUUCUUAUACUGAGAGAGGGAGGAAACGGAACUACUUAUACCCCAUCUGCUCCCCCUUUGCGUAUUACUAUUACUGCUAUCGCUAUCGCCUCAUCUACAGGAGGAGGAUGGUGCCUUCCCACGGGAGUAUCACCGUGACUGAGCGCGAGAGCCUGACCCUCAGACCUCGCUACUGCCUCCAAUGUUCCGAGUCCUUGGGAGGCGGCCCGGCCGGCAGAGGGGCUAACCAGGGUGAGCUGAAAGAGUUGUACAAGGCUGAGAACCUGACAGUGUUUGCUGGCGACCUUCUGCUCCCCGGUCUCCCUGUCCAGCUGGACUUCCAUUUCCAACUCGGUCCCCGCGGCUCUGCUCACUGGCACGGACUCCUGGCUGACGGCAAGCUUUUCCUGGACACGCCCCGUGGCGCCCUGGAUCAAAACAACCGCGAAAGCCUGACUGUGACGCUGGACUACGUGGAGGAACAGACUGCCCUGAACCUUGUGUUUGUGAACUUCCAGCUGGCUCGCAGCGAUCGCGGAGACCUGUUGCGAGCAUUCAGCUACUUGGGCUUUGAGGUUGUCAGACCAGAUCAUCCCGCGCUGCCACCCUGGCAGGACGUUAUCUUCAUGGUUUACCAGCUGGAGCGAGACUGCUGUCCGGAGCUGGAAUGAGAGUUCCUGAAGCUGGGCAUUCUGCAAAGACAGGAUGGGAUGGGUGGGGGGAUGGCUUAGCUCCCACUUAACUUGGGCCUGGAACUGGCAGGAUCGAGCAGAGGCUUUGAGUUGAUGUGUGUAACUGAGCAUCAUUAAAUGGGUGUGAAAGCA